GCCUGAUAGCUGUGUGUGUUACCUACAGACAUAUGGUCCCGUAGAUCAUGAUUGCAAUCUGCUAGUGGGAGGCACUGAUUCAUGCUAAUGACCUGCCUGAUCCUGGAGCCAAAAGGCAGCCAGGGAGAGAGCUGAGCUCCUGCAGCAGGCAGGUGCCGGAGCAGAUCCUCGGCAGGCAUCUGUGAAGUAGCUCCCAGCCUGUGAAUGCAGCCGGGACCAUUUACACCAGCAGAGGAUCUUUCCCCAGGAGUUUGAGGUGUUUUGGUGCUGUGCAUUAAGAGGGAAAGUCUUGUAAUGGAAGAACAUCUGGCAUGGAAAAUCUCACCUCAGUUCAAGCUGAACAAAGUUGCACUCGCACUAGAAGGCUGUGUGCUGGUUCUACAUCCCUGGCUGGGAGCCUGCAGCACAUUGCAAGGGCUUUUGGCUGGAAAGUUGCAGAGGCAGAUGUGUGUGAUGGGAUUUUGAACGUCAGCAAAGAUGCCCAUUUCUCUCUGCCUGCUCCUGCCCAUAGGCUGCCAGGUGCCAGCUGCAGUGAACCUCUGCUGCUUGCAGUAAGUGCUGCUCCUUGAAAAUCGGUGCCUCUCCAGGGGGUGCAAUGGGAACCUGAUAUCCGCUCUCCAGCAGCCACAAAGUCAUAAACCUCUUGUCAAGACCAGCUAGAUGGAUGGGAUGGUGAAUGAGGGGCAGGCAGUGUGGAGGAGGGCCCGAAAUGUGGAUGUUGUUUCACAUCAAUGUCAUCUUUCCCAUGGAUGCCAUACCAGUGUAACUGCGAGAGCUACGUUGCAUUUACUACCUGGAGCAAGCAAGGUCAGCGAGUUGAUGUCAGGGAAGGACCUAGGAAGUGGCACUACUUUUUAGUGAAACUGUCAUCUGAAUGCAAGGUGAACGAGGUGUCUGGCUAUGCCUCCCGGAGUUAAGGGCUGUCUUCUGAAACAAGCUUCAAAUGGAGCUGAAGUUCCUGGCUUGCUUUACGCACGGAUGAAGCUGCAUGUGUCAGUGCAGUUCCAGUGGAAAAAGACCAUAUUGAAGAAAUGGUAACACGGUGCAUAGUGGAAGUUCUGUCCAACGCUCUAUCUAAGCCAAAUGCACCACCAAUUAAUCCUGAAUGCAAAGAAAUCCUGAAGAAGAGUGGUAGAAAUGACAGAGAGAGAAGCGAAAACAAACAACUUGAAGUGAGGCAUUUGAAAGACCCAGCAGAGAUUGAAAAACAUCAUACUGGGAGUGUGGAGAAAGAACAGAGUCAGGCAGAAGAGGAGUCUAAAAAGUACAUGAAAGGAAGUGAUGAGGAGAAACUUGUUCAUGAGGAAGGUAAAAGCAAGGAAGAGGAGGAUGGACACCACACCCCUAUUCAGGAAGAGAGACUUCAUACAGAAGAAAAGAAACACUAUCAGGAAACUAGACAAGAGGAGGAGAAGAGCUACCACAGUGAAGAAGAAAGCAAAGAGAGCAAGCAUCAUGAUGAAGAGGUAGAGCAUGCUGUUCUCGACAAGAAGUCCCACUCCGGAGGCACAAGCACAGCGGAGUUCCCUGAUGGGAACGAUCAGCGUCCCAUGGGCCACUGGCAUUCGGAGGAGGGAGUGCAGAGCCCUUACAAAAGGAUUCAGGAAGGUGAAGAGGGAGAGGCAGAGGAAACAAAAAGUGAAAAAUACCACCAUGAGUCUAAGGAACGUGAUUUCUCCCAUAUGCAAGAGCAUGAAGAAUCUGAUGAGAGUGAAGAAACAGAGGAGGAAAAGCAACCCUACAAACCCACACGUUAUGGGAAGCACAGAAUGGGUGACGCCUCUGAAGAGAAGAGGGGCCGUGGUGGUGAGAAAGAAGAACUAACUGAGGAAUCAAACACAGAGGAGGCCCAUCUCUGGGACAAAAGGAACCACCGUCAGAAACAUCAUGGAGAGUCUGAGCAGCAGCAUGAGGAGAAGAGUGGUUCUCAUGGGAGGCAUGGGUCUGAAGAGGUGGAGGAGAAGAGGCAUGCAGACCAGGGAAGUGAGGAGCACAGAGAAAGGUGGCAGCAGAGUGAAGAGAGCAGUGAAGAGGAAAACAAGAGGCAUCAUCACAGUGAAGAAAGUAAUGAGAAAUGGCAUGAGGAGAGGAGGCACCAUGAUGGAUCACAUGAGGCGAGGAGGCACCAUUCUGAGGGAAGGAUGUAUCUUGGAGAUGAAAAUGAGGAAGAGCUGGACAGGUAUCUCAGCGGUGGCAGCAAGGAGAAGCAGCUUCAUGCUGGAGAGAGAUACCACUUGUGGGACAAUGAAGAUGAAGGGUCACAGAAAGCAUACGCUCGAGAGCGCAAAGGGCAGGCCAGAAGACACUACAGCACUGAGGACAGUGUAGAGCAGCAGCGCUACCCUGGCAACAGUGAGGAGGAGGAGGAAGUAGAAAAGCAGCAUCACAGCAGUGAUCAGAUGGAAAAUGAAGAGGAGAACAUGGAGGAGGGAAGAUAUGCAGAGAGGGCAGAGUACAGAAGCCGCCUCCCUGGAGAGAAUGAGAAGAGAACUACGGCAUCCUACAGCCCUUUCUACCCACUGCUGUGGUGGAAAAGCCGUCACUUUGAGAAAAGGGACAGCGCAGGAGAACAGCUUCUGGAUGACAAAGAGGAAGGCAGACCCACCCUGAAGGAGAAGAGUCUUUUCCCUGAAUAUAAUGACUAUGACUGGUGGGAGAAAAAGCAAAUCCUAAGUGCUCUGAACCACGGACGUACCGAGAAGAGGAACCUUAGCAAAAUGAAGAGGUACGAUUUGAAAAGGCAAUACAACAAGAUGGAUCAACUUGCACAACUUCUGAAUUACAGGAAAAAAUCAGCCGAAUUCCCAGAGUUGUACAGUUCUGGAGAAGACAUGAAAAAAGGUCACGUAAUCAGGAAUGACAGAGGAACCCUGAGCCAGAGGCCUCUGACAGAAGAGGAGGAAAAAGAACUGGAAAACCUGGCCGCUAUGGAUUUGGAGCUGCAGAAAAUAGCUGAGAAGUUUAAUGACAACAGGAGAGGCUGAAGAUGAUCCACUACGGCGUUUCAAAGCUAGGUGUAGCUGUACCCACAAUACCUGUACUUGUGGUAAAUUCAUUGCCACUGGAUUGUUUGCCCUAAAAAAAGGAAAUACUAUUUACUGUCCACUAUAGUGUAGUGAUUUAUACAGCUGAAACUGUCUUUAAUUUGCCAUUAUGCUAUUGAGAUCGGAAUAGCAUGAAUUUUAGUAUUACAACCUUUCACGCA